AUGGUUGUUCUUUCGAACCAAUCUGCGCUGAACGAGUUAUUUCUCGUCAAGACAUGCAACCCCUCCACCAUCUUCACUGAGGUUCCUGUGGUUGAUCUCACACACCCUGAUGCCAAGACAAUCAUGGUGAAGGCCUGCGAAGAGCUUGGUCUGUUCAAGGUGGUCAACCAUGGCGUUCCGUUGGAGGUGAUAACCCGUUUGGAGAAUGAAGCGCUCAAGUUCUUCAAGCAAAGCCAGUCCCAGAAAGACAAGGCUAGUCCUCCUGACCCUUACGGCUAUGGAAGCAAGAAAAUUGGUACAAACGGUGACAUGGGUUGGGUUGAGUACCUCCUGCUAAGCACCAACCCUGAUAUUGUCUCCCUCAAAACACAUCAACUUUUUCACCAAAACCCGCAAGUUUUCAGGUGGUGUGUGGAGGAAUACAUAGGGGAAGUGAAGAAGAUGUGCUGUGAAGUGUUGGAGAAAAUGGCUGAUGGGUUGGGGAUGAUAGCUGAAGGCAGGAAUGUGUUUAGCAGGAUGAUAAGGGAGGAGAGAAGCGAUAGCUGCUUCAGGGUGAACAGGUACCCUCCAUGUCCAGAGCUGAAAGAGGAAGGUGCACUGAGUGGACGAAAUUUGAUUGGGUUUGGAGAGCACACAGAUCCACAGAUAAUAUCUGUCCUCAGAUCCAACAACACAUCAGGACUGCAAAUCUGUCUCCCAGAUGGGACUUGGGCUUCAAUCCCUCCUGACCACUCCUCCUUUUUCGUCAAUGUUGGUGACCUCCUGCAGGUUAUGACGAAUGGGAGGUUUAAAAGUGUUAAGCACAGGGUAUUGGCUAACUCAAGCAUGUCAAGGUUGUCAAUGAUCUACUUCGGAGGACCACCAUUGAACGAAAAGAUUGCUCCUUUACCUUCACUGCUGUCAAGGGAAGAAGAGAGUUUGUACAGAGAGUUGACAUGGCGGGAAUACAAGAAUGCUGCAUACAAGUCAAGGCUCUCUGAUAACAGGAUCACUCUCUUUCAGAAAUCUGCAGAUCACGGUCACAAAUCUUCAGACACUUAG